CCACAGUCGCAGAAGAAGAAGAAAAGUUAUCUAGCUCAGUAAUGCUACUGGUAAUGAUUAAUCUCGUUUAUCUGAAACAUGGACGAGCAGGCAACUCCUGUACGACAACAACAUAAAUUUAAUGUUGGCAGUCUUCAAAAAUAUCUGACUGUCAAGUCACGGUUGUCUAAUAAUGAGACGCUAACUGUCAGACAGUACAGUUCUGGUCAGUCAAACCCAACUUUCCUCGUCCAGACACCUUCAAAGAGCUAUGUUCUCAGGAAGAGACCUCCAGGAGAGCUGCUGCCAGGAGCUCACAAGGUGGACAGGGAGUAUCGGGUGCAGAAGGCCCUCUUCUCUGCUGGUUUCCCUGUGCCUCAGCCCCUUUUGCACUGCACCGAUGUUGAAGUCAUUGGGACAGAGUUCUACUUAAUGGAGCAUGUGAAGGGACGCAUAUUCAGGGAUCUUCAACUCCAUGGAGUGAGUCCAGCAGAGAGAACAGCUCUGUAUGUGGCUGCAGUGGAACUCUUGGCAAAGCUUCACUCGCUGGACCUGGCAUCACUGAACCUUGAAGGUUAUGGCAGAGGAGCCGGUUACUGCAGGAGACAAGUGUCCACCUGGACAAAGCAGUACAAGGCAGCAGCGCACAAAGACAUUCCAGCCAUGAACGAGCUGUCCGAUUGGUUGAUGAAGAAUUUACCAGCCAGUGACAGUGAAGUCACCCUGGUCCAUGGAGAUUUCCGAGUGGACAACUUGGUUUUCCAUCCAACUGAGGCACGUGUGAUAGCAGUGUUGGACUGGGAGCUGUCGACCACUGGGCAGCCCUUAGCGGACUUGGCCUACUUCCUUAUGCCUUUCUACUGGCCCACAAGUUUCAGCGUUAUCAGCUCAAUGGGCAGUUUGACAGGAGUAGAAGGAGCUCCAUCUGUGGGCGACCUGAUCUCUAUUUACUGCAGAUGUCGGGGGAUCCCAUCCAUGUUGCCACAAUGGAAUUUUUACUUGGCCCUGUCGAACUUUAAAAUGGCAGGAAUUGCUCAGGGGAUCUAUGCUCGCCACUUACUGGGUAACGCCAGUGCGCCCAAUGCAGCCCUGUUCGGCCAGUGUGUGGAGCCCUUGGCUAAAGAAACCUUGCAGCUCGUGCAGAGGCCUCUCACAGAUCCAACAAAAGGCAGACUGUUCCUCCAGACGGCUAAAGGUCAGGCUGUUCUCCAGCAGGUCAAAGACUUCAUGAGACAAUAUGUGCUUCCUGCUCAGCAGGAAGUUACGGAGUACUACUCCAAACAUGCUCAGUCUUCACAAAGGUGGCACACCCCGCAAAUAAUAGAGGAUCUAAAGGUGAAAGCCAGGGCGGCGGGACUGUGGAACCUGUUCCUGCCUGCAGUCAGCGGACUCAGUCAGUUGGAUUAUGCAUAUAUUGCAGAAGAAACUGGACGUUGUCUCUUUGCCCCUGAAGUGUUUAACUGCCAGGCUCCUGACACAGGAAAUAUGGAGGUGCUCCACAUGUUUGGCAGUGAGGAACAGAAGAAGAAAUGGCUGGAACCUCUGCUCAGAGGAGAGAUCCGCUCCUGCUUCUGUAUGACAGAGCCUGAUGUGGCGUCCAGUGAUGCAACCAACAUGGAGUGCAGCUUUCGCAAGGAUAAAGACAACUACAUCAUAAAUGGCAAGAAAUGGUGGAGCAGUGGUGCUGGCAAUCCCCAAUGCAAAGUGGCCAUUGUGAUGUGCAGGAGCAGCUCUCAGGAUGUUAGCAGCAGACAUGGCCAACACAGCAUGAUCCUCGUACCUAUGGACACACCAGGUGUAAAGCUCAUCAGGCCACUCACUGUAUUUGGACAGGAUGAUGCGAUCCAUGGCGGCCACUUCGAAGUGCACUUUGAAAACGUUUGGGUCCCUGCAUCCAACAUGAUUCUGGGGGAGGGCAGGGGAUUUGAGAUCGCUCAGGGUCGUCUGGGACCCGGCAGACUCCACCACUGUAUGAGAGCCGUCGGCCUCGCAGAGUUUGCGCUGGAGCUACUUUGCCAGAGGGCUGCUUCAAGGCAAACAUUUGGAAAAAAGCUGUACCAACAUGAAGUUGUCACUCACUGGAUAGCGGAGUGUCGUCUCCUGAUAGAACAGACCCGCCUGCUGACCCUAAGUGCUGCUCAUGCUCUGGAUACAAUGGGCAGCCGGGUUGCUCGCAAGCAGAUUGCUAUGAUCAAAGUGGCAGCAGCCAGAAUGGCCUGUAAGGUGGUGGACUGUGCCAUCCAGGUGUAUGGAGGUGCAGGUGUGUCUGGAGACUUCCCACUAGCACAGAUGUAUGCUUAUGCCCGGACUCUGCGCAUCGCUGACGGACCAGAUGAGGUUCAACUCUCCUCCAUAGCACAUCUAGAACUGAGGGAUCAGCUAAAAAAGACACAGGCUAAACUGUAAUGAUCUUAUGACUACAACAACAUCACUAAAUGAUUUGUGCAUCUUUGUGAGACAACCCUGUCAAGUCUCCAAUCAGUGGACUGCCAGGUAUGACACAAACCAUUGAAACUCUCAUUUCCUUCUAGCAAGUGUACUUACAUCACAUCAUCUACUUCUGUCCUGCAGGGCUGAAUUAUAUUUGUAUUAUGUGCUUCACUACUUUUCUUGUAGGACUUUUGGAGUUAAUACAUAUACCAGUGUCUGUAAUUCUUUUUGCUAUAAUAGCCACAUAUAAUAGCUGUUAGAUGACAAAAUUGGGUCAAUUCUGUUUUCACAGCGUCCCUUUCAAGUGGUUACUGUUUAACCCGGUUUAGCAGAUCACUUGCUAAUAUUGAUUAACCAGCACAAGUAUUUAUUUUAAUGGUGCUCUCCCUUUCUUCAGAUUUUAUUGGUAAAGGCAUUUUUGGAGCCGUGAAUGACAUUUAACGCUGACACAGUUACCAGGCAACAAAGAACAAAACAGACUCAGAUGUAUUUCUCUGUCCAGGCCUAAACAUGUUAUAUAAUUAAUGUAAAAAAAAUAAAGAAGUUAAGAAAUCCUUGUAUCAUACAUUUGAAGCAAUUAUAUUGAGGACAACAUACAGUCUUAAAUCAUAAAUUACAUGAAGCUAUAUGCUCAUGUUGCAUAAUUUCUCUUAAUCCAGAGAAAUUGUGAGCAGCUAAAUGAGUAUCUUCAUCUUUAGUAAUCUUGCUGUAGCAUUAGCUGAGACUGGAGUAAUAUUUGUGACCACAUCUUAAAAAUUUUCAGCACCAUUAAAAUAAAAUACAUUUUUGAGGUUUAUGAUUUGGCUGAUCUAUGCUAGCACGUGAUCUUGUGAACCUGGGUAAACAGUAACCGUCACACAGGAAAGACUGUAAAAACACAACUGACCUCAUUUCUCCUCUAGUGACAUGACAGGAAGACCAUGUAUUAUGGGGCUACAACUUCAUAGCUCUAUGUGUAGCCAUUAUAGUAAAAAAAAAAAAAAAGAAUACUGUUGUAUUUGUUUACUCUGAAAGUUUUGCAAGACUACAAGUGGAGUGUAUAUACUAAACCCUCAAGGGUGGGAGUGGAAUACACCUAAUUACACAGUAAACCAACUGUAAGGAACGCCCUGAGAAGUCAAGCAAGUGCACCAGAAGGAGGCAGUGACUGUUUCAUUGGUCAAUAUCAUACCUGGGAUUCUACUGGUUGGGAAAUUUUGACAGGGUUGUUUUACCAAUAUCUCAAAGCUAAAGCAUAUAUCUGAGGGCAGAAGUUAUGCAAGCAGUCAAAGAGCAAGGGAGUCAGUGAAACGGAAGCAGAGGACAUUUGUGCAGACAGUUUUAGAGCAGGAGCAGAUUUGGAACUGAGCAGGGCCUCAGCAAAAUCUGUAUGUAAAAUGGAGAAGUAAUGCUCUAAAAUUGAAAGACCGUGUUCCUAAAUAAAGACAGCAAAGUAACUCCA